CACUGCGGUGGAGCAGUGAAGGAUAAAUAUAUCCCCCUCCUCCUCCCCCUCCUCCCCUUCCUCCUCCCCUAGUUGAGUCCGCAACAUCCUGACUGAUCGAGGCUGGUGAUCAGGCAGCGUCAGCCGCAAGUCUCCACAACACGGAUGAAUUAGAAAAGCAGCUGUAAACAAACCGUUUCCUUUUAUUUAUACUUUAUGUUAAAGAGUCGGGGUGUAAACACUACUGCCCUCUUCUUGACAGUGUGAAGCGGAUACAAGGCUCCCUCUGUACUGAUUCACCAUGGGGAUCAAGACUGCCCUCCCCAGAUAUGAGCUGUAUUUCUACACAGCUGUACUGGCUGUGGCCAUGAUAUGGGCAGGCAGUUGGAUAUUUGAGGCUUCAAGUGAGAAUGUAAACAGAAGGGCCUUCAAAGGAAGUGUGAAACCAGGAUGGCAUUAUGUUGGCAGGAAAAUGGAUGUUGCGGACUUCGAAUGGGUGAUGUGGUUCUCUACAUUCCGCAAUCAUAUCCUUUUUGCUCUCGCCGGUCAUGUGAUCUUUGCCAAGAUAUUCACCCUGAUAGCUCCAAAGAUUGGUAUAGAUGGAUGUAAGCACAGAUCCUUAAUCUUUGGUGUGUACGGUGGUUUGGCAGUCCUGGUCACCAUGGGCUGGACCUUCAUGGCUCUGGUUCUAUCUCAUUGCAUCAUACUCUACAGCGUUGCCCUGGUCAAGAGGAAAUGGAUGUGCUUUGUAGCAGGCUUGACCACACUGGCCUCCAUCAAGCUGGAGCCCUAUAACUCCUGGCAGGAAUCCUUGGUGACUGGUUCCUUCAGCCUGCAAGACAUCCUGUUCUAUGGCGGCUGUGGCUUCAGCAUCAUACGCUGUAUGAGCUUCGCUUUGGAAAACUGUGAAAAGAAGGAUGGCAACUACACAUUCUUUGACUUGCUGAGAUACAACUUCUACCUCCCCUUCUUCUUCUUUGGACCUAUCAUGACUUUUGACAGGUAUCAUGCCCAGGCAAACACUGCCCAGCUGACACGCAAAGAGAGGGAGAUGUGGAACAUCACCACCAAGGCUUUGUUGCACCUGGGAGUUAUUCUGUUGGUGGACGUCCUCUUCCACUAUCUUUACAUCUUGACAAUCCCCAGUGACAUGAAGCUGGUCACCAGACUCUCUGACUGGUGUCUGGCUGGCCUUGCUUAUUCCAACCUGGUGUAUGACUGGGUGAAAUCAGCUGCGAUGUUUGGUGUCAUCAACACUGUGGCUACACUGGACCACCUGGACCCUCCUCAGCCCCCCAAGUGUAUCACCAUGCUCUAUGUCUUUGCUGAGACGCACUUUGACAGAGGCAUCAAUGACUGGUUGUGCAAGUAUGUUUAUGACUAUAUUGGAGGGAAUCACAAUAAAAUCUUCAAGGAGCUCUUGGCAACUUUCUGCACCUUUGCUAUCACCACUUUGUGGCUUGGCCCAUGUGAAGUGGUUUAUGUCUGGUCCUUUUUCAACUGCUUUGGCCUCAACUUUGAACUAUGGGUGGCUAAAUUCUUCUCUAUACCACCAUUUUCUAACAUUGAGGGUGCUAUGGGUGAAGCCAUGUCACGCAGGAUCCGUGGUGUGUUCAAUGCUGCCAACUUCUGGGCCAUUGUCCUCUACAAUGUUCUCUCCCUCAAUAGUUUGGAGUUUGCCAAACUGGUGGCCAGAAGACUGAUUUUCAAAGGUUUCCCUCUGUCUACCCUCUCAGUGUUACUUGUGACCUACUGUGGUGUGCAGCUGGUGAAGGAGAGGGAGCGACAAAAAGCCCUGCUGGAGGAACCAGAGCCAGUGAAGCCAGUUGAUGAUGGCAAAGAAAAGGCCGAAUAAACAGACAGAAAAACACAGAGUUUCACCAACUUCAGGGUCAGCAGCCCCCCUCUGUUCCAUCCUUGGUCUUGCGAACUGUAAUCAGAACAGACUGUAAAAAGCAGUCAGCACCUAGAUUGUUCACAAGCCCAUGUUUUUUUGUAUGUCAGAUGUGAGACAAUGUUUCGAACUGUGAAAUAUCCACAAGUGCACUUGCCGGAGAUAAUUGCCACAAGCCUUGGCACAAAGUCACCAAAAGUGCACUUUGGAUUUGUAUUUUAUCCGAACAAAAGAUUGUUUAUCAAAUUAUAUGCCUGCCAAAUAUUUU